CAACUUCUUAAAAAAAUUUCUUUAAUCGAGGAAUAUAAAAAAGUAAAUAAAUGCGAAAAUAACUAAAAUUCGUGUGAAUUCCAAAGUCAAUUUUGUUGAUUCUGUUCCGGAAGCUUAUGUUUAAUAUUUUCCAUUUUGGUUUUUCAUAAUAUUCAUCGGAUAAAGUGCUCAAAAUUCAAUAGUAAAAAAGAUAUAAAGUCUCAACAAAGGGCGAGACGGAGAAAAAGAAGAGAAACGAGUAGGAAGAAAAUUUGCAAAGCUCAUAAAAAUCAUUAAUUUCCUUUAAGCCAGUAAAAUUUCUUCUUAAAACUAUCAAUUUGUGAGAAUGUCAAGCAGAAAAUUCUUUUCCCUUCAAAAUGGAUCUUCUUCAUCAUCGUCCUCGUCAACAACAGUCCAACAGAAUAAUCAACAAAAUGGACAUGCUUCUUAUGGAUUCUUCUGUGAGCCAAAGGUUGUGGCUCCAGAAAUGGCAUUUUUCUGCUUUGAUGUUCUCCAUAAAGAAUUACAUGGCUUAGAUCGUCAUGUUGAGCCUCAUCACAUAGGAAUUGUCAACUCUUCAUUCCCUUUGUUUGUGACUUGGAAAAUCGGACGGGAUCAACGUUUACGCGGUUGCAUUGGAACAUUUUCUGAAAUGAAUCUUCAUAAUGGAUUGAAAGAAUAUGCAUUGACAAGCGCAUUAAAAGACUCUAGAUUCGAUCCAAUAACUCGUGAUGAGUUGCCGCGUUUGACAGUGUCUGUUUCCAUUUUACAAGGUUUUGAGGAAGCACGUGGAUAUUUAGAUUGGACUUUGGGAGUUCACGGAAUAAGGAUAGAAUUUUUAAAUGAACGUGGAUCUAAACGAUCCGCAACCUAUUUACCUGCAGUGGCAACUGAACAAGGAUGGGAUCAAAUUCAGACAAUUGAUUCAUUGCUACGUAAAGGUGGUUAUCGCGGGCAGAUAACAAAUGCUACUCGCAGUUCCAUCAAAUUAACUCGUUAUACGUCACAAGAGAUCCAAAUGACGUAUUGUGAAUAUCGAGAAUAUCGUGAUCGUUACUAUGCUGCUGGCAUAAUAACAUGCAAAUAUCAGUGCUAACGGAUGCAUUGAUGAUACGAGUAGACAUAAUCACUACAACAACUUUUUUAAUAGUUUUGGCAAACGUUUAUGCUUUUCAUUCUUUACUAACCCACCAGAUCAAUAGCUAAACUUUAAUUUUCUUUUUCUCUUCCAAUUUUCUUAUUAUUUUCAAUUUAAUAAAUUAACAAAGUUGCAAUUAGAUUUUGCAAUAAUUUCAUACUUUUAAGGAUGCAAUUUUCGGCCAUAUCGAGAUGCACCAAUUUUUUUUUUACUUUAAUUUUCAUUUUUUGUUAAAUUAAUAUUGACUAAACGAUAAAAUUGAAAGAAAGGAAUGACGAAAAUAUUAAAUUAUAGAUGUAACGUAUGUAAUAAGAUUAUAAAAUUAAUGAUGAUGGUGACAAAGGGAUAUAAAAUUAUUUUCUGAUAAUGAAUUGGUUAAGAG